AUGAGAGAGAAUUUCCAUGUUAAAAUAAGAGCUGAACAAAGAUAGAAAGAGUUUGCAAAAAGGAGGAUUAUCAAAUUAUAAGCCACUCCCCAAUACUUCAGAUAGGCAGUUCUAGAGAAUCCAAUUAGCGAAUUGCUCAAAGAAAUUGAUUAACCUGAUUAUUUGUAGUUCAUCUCUUUUUUAAGUUCAGUUGAAGAUUAUUAAUGCAACAAGUACAUGGCAGAUUAAGGGGUUCUGAUAGUCGCAAUCGAAAAGACUAUCAGCCUUUUGAAGAAUUAUACAUAGAAUUCAACUUAAGAAGCAAGUCUAAAUUAUGUAAUUAUAAAUUUGAGUGAAAUUUUAGUUACUUUCCAUAAUUGGAAAUUUAAUUGAUUUCAUUCAAUUCCCAGAUGAUUAAAUUAGAUUGAUAAUAUAAAGAUCCAUUGAAAUCAGCAAUUAUUCCUUGACAGAAUUUAAACUUACACUAAUUUGGAUGAUCGAUGAAUAUCUCAAGAAGGAAAAAUUGUAAGACGAAUUCUUAUUGUGUGUAACAAAUUUCUUGUUCAACAACAUGAGUAGAAGAGACAUUACAUCUGCAAUUUUUGAUACAAUCUUAAAUUUGCAAUGUAAUCAGCCAGUUUAUUUGUCAAAGGACAAUUUGGAUGAAUUAGUGAAACAUAUCAAAGAUGAUGAUAACUAAACAGUUUAAAAAAGUCUCUUCAUAUUAGUCAAUUAUCUAGAGAUUGCGAAGAAAAUAGAAUUGGAUGAGGAUGUUAUAAUAUUAUUGAAUGAACUUUUUAAAAAUAAGGACUACCUGGCUUUAUUAAGACUUUGUAAUAUAUUGUAUCCAAGAAUAUAACUUGAACCGAAGCUAAUCUUGUAGCGAAUGCAAAUGUGUGCAUUUGGACUCAAAUUACAGGAAUAUUUUACUUUAAUUAAUAAGUUGAUUACAGACAAUAUUGUAUGUCCAUCGGAAUACUUGAAAUCUUUGCAGAACAUAGAAAUGG